AGGUGAAGCUCUGACUCCUUCCAGAAAGCAGCUCAGCCUCAGGUUCACCUGUCAAGUCUCUUCAGCACUUUGGGAAGUUUGAGCAAACUCUCCAGGUCUGUGAGCUGAUGUGAAGUGAGCAGCAUGGAUCAGGUUGAGGACAGAGAGGACAGAGUCCCUCCCUCUACAACCACUCUGUGUGGAGAACAUGAGGACCAGAGCAAAGCUCAGAGGAAACAAACAGAACCUGGACCAGAACCCAGCUGUGUGUCUUUAAAGGGCAACCAUUCAAAGGAUGUCAUCAUUAAUUUUAAAUCAGAUCAACCUUCAUCAGCAAACAGGAUCCAACAGAACCUCAAACCAGAACCCAGCUGUAUUUCCUUAAAGAGUGACAAGUCAAUGGGUCACCUUAUCAAUUUUAAAUCAGACCUACCUUCAGCUGCAAAGAGGAUCCAACAGAACCUCAAACCAGAACCCAGCUGUAUUUCCUUAAAGAGUGACAAGUCAAUGGGUCACCUUAUCGAUUUUAAAUCAGACCUACCUUCAGCUGCAAAGAGAGUCGAUCAACAGAACUCAGAGCUUCCCGGUGUUCCAUCUGCCCAGCAGCAUCAAACCCAACUGGACUCCAUAUUUAUGCUGCUAGAGGAAAACCUUGUUAGAUUUGUGAAGAAGGAGCUGAAGAAAAUCCAGAAGGUUCUGAGUUCAGAUGACCCAGAUAAAUUAAAGAGUCAGUGGGAGGAUGAGGAUGUGUUUGAAUGUGAGGAUGAAGAGCAGAGGAGCAGCAGAGAGGCCUUGGUGAAGAUCACCCUGAACUUCCUGAGGAGGAUGAAGCAGGAGGAGCUGGCUGAAGAUCUGCAGAGCAAGCAUUUUUCCUCAGUUUGUCAACAUAACCUUAAAUCCAGUCUGAAGAAGAGGUUCCAGUCUGUGUUUGAGGGGAUCGCUAAAGCAGGAAGUCCAACCCUUCUGAACCAGAUCUACACAGAGCUCUACAUCGCAGAAGGAGGGACUGGGGGGAUCAAUGAUGAACAUGAGGUCAGACAGAUUGAAACAGCAUUCAGGAAUCCACACAGACCAGAAACAACAAUCAGACAAGAAGACAUCUUUAAAGUUCCUCCUGGAGGAGAUCAGCCAAUCAGAACAAUGAUGACAAAGGGAGUGGCUGGCAUUGGGAAAACAGUCUUAACACAGAAGUUCACUCUGGACUGGGCUGAAGGCAAAGCCCACCAGAACAUCCAGUUCAUAUUUCCAUUCACCUUCAGAGAGCUGAAUGUGUUGAAAGACAAAAAGUUCAGCUUGGUGGAACUUGUUCAUCACUUCUUCACUGAAACCAAAGGAAUCAGCAGCUUUGAGGACUUACAGGUUCUGUUCAUCUUUGAUGGUCUGGAUGAGAGUCGACUUCCUCUGGACUUCCACAACAAGGAGAUCCUGACUGAUGUUACAGAGUCCACCUCAGUGGAUGUUCUGCUGAUAAACCUCAUCAGGGGGAAACUGCUUCCCUCUGCUCUCCUCUGGAUAACGACACGACCUGCAGCAGCCAAUCAGAUCCCUCCUGACUGUGUUGGCAUGGUGACAGAGGUCAGAGGGUUCAGUGACCCACAGAAGGAGGAGUACUUCAAGAAGAGAUUAACAGAUGAGGAGAAGGCCAGCAGGAUCAUCUCCCACAUCAAUAGAUCUAGAAGCAUUCAGAUAAUGUGCCACGUUCCAGUCUUCUGCUGGAUCACUGCUACGGUUCUGGAGGGAGUGUUGGAGACCAGAGAGGAAGGAGAGCUGCCCAACACCCUGACAGAGAUGUACAUCCACUUCCUGGUGGUUCAGACCAAAGUGAAGAAGAUCAAGUAUGAUGGAGGAGCUGAGACGGAUCCACACUGGAGUCCAGAGAGCAGGAAGAUGAUCGAGUCUCUGGGAAAACUGGCUUUUGAUCAGCUGCAGAAAGGAAACCUGAUCUUCUAUGAAUCAGACCUGACAGAGUGUGGCAUCGAUAUCAGAGCAGCCUCAGUUUACUCAGGAGUGUUCACACAGAUCUUUAAAGAGGAGAGAGGGCUGUACCAGAACCAAGAAAAGGUGUUCUGCUUCGUCCAUCUGAGUGUUCAGGAGUUUCUGGCUGCUCUUCAUGUCCAUCUGACCUUCAUCAAGGAUGGAGUCAAUCUAAUGAAAGAACAACAACACAUUUCUAUUUGGUCUAAAUUAAUUAAAUUAAUAUUUAACAACCCAAAUCUAAAAUACCUCCAUCACAGUGCUGUGGACAAGGCCUUACAGAGUCCAAAUGGACAUCUGGACCUGUUCCUCCGCUUCCUCCUGGGUCUUUCACUGCAGACCAAUCAGAGACUCCUACAAGGUCUGAUGACAAAGACAGGAAGUAGCUCACUGACCAAUCAGGAAACAGUUCAGCACAUCAAGGAGAAGAUCAAUGAGAAUCUAUCUGCAGAGAAAAGCAUCAACCUGUUCCACUGUCUGAAUGAACUGAAUGAUCGUUCUCUGGUCCAGGAGAUCCAACAGUCUCUGAGAUCAGGAAGUCUCUCCACAGAUAAACUGUCUCCUGCUCAGUGGUCAGCUCUGGUCUUCAUCUUAGUGACAUCAGGAGAAGAUCUGGAUGUGUUUGACCUGAAGAAAUACUCUGCUUCAGAUGAGACUCUUCUCAGGCUGCUGCCAGUGGUCAAAGCUUCAAACAAAGUUCUACUGAAUGACUGUAACCUCUCAGAGAGAAGCUGUGAAGUUCUGGCCUCAGUUCUCAGCUCCCAGUCCUCCAAUCUUAGAGAAAUGGAUCUGAGUAACAACAAGCUGCAGGAUUCUGGAGUGGAGCUGCUGUCUUCUGGACUGAAGAGUCCAAACUGCAAACUGGAAUCUCUCAGACUGAAUGACUGUAACCUCUCAGAGAGAAGCUGUGAAGCUCUGGCCUCAGUUCUCAGCUCCCAGUCCUCCAAUCUUAGAGAAAUGGAUCUGAGUAACAACAAGCUGCAGGAUUCUGGAGUGGAGCUGCUGUCUUCUGGACUGAAGAGUCCAAACUGCAAACUGGAAUCUCUCAGACUGAAUGACUGUAACCUCUCAGAGAGAAGCUGUGAAGCUCUGGCCUCAGUUCUCAGCUCCCAGUCCUCCAAUCUUAGAGAAAUGGAUCUGAGUAACAACAAGCUGCAGGAUUCUGGAGUGGAGCUGCUGUCUUCUGGACUGAAGAGUCCAAACUGCAAACUGGAAUCUCUCAGACUGAAUGACUGUAACCUCUCAGAGAGAAGCUGUGAAGCUCUGGCCUCAGUUCUCAGCUCCCAGUCCUCCAAUCUUAGAGAAAUGGAUCUGAGUAACAACAAGCUGCAGGAUUCUGGAGUGGAGCUGCUGUCUUCUGGACUGAAGAGUCCAAACUGCAAACUGGAAUCUCUCAGACUUAGAUCCUGUAGCCUCUCAGAGAGAACUUGUGAAGUUCUGUUAUCAGUUCUUAGCUCUGAGUCCUGCUGUCUGAGAGAGGUUGACCUGGAGAACAACAACCUCCAAGAUUCAGGGGAGAAGUUGCGUAAUUACCUGAAGAAAUCCUCUGCUCCAGAGAAGGCUCUUCUCCCACUGCUGCCAGUGGUCAAAGCUUCAGAUAAAGUUCUACUGAAUGACUGUAACCUCUCAGAGAGAAGCUGUGAAGUUCUGGCCUCAGUUCUCAGCAGCCAGUCCUCUACUGUAAGAGAGAUGGAUCUGAGUAACAACAAGCUGCAGGAUUCUGGAGUGGAGCUGCUGUCUUCUGGACUGAAGAGUCCAAACUGCAAACUGGAAACUCUCAGACUUAGAUCCUGUAACCUCUCAAAGAGAACUUGUCAAGUUCUGUUAUCAGUUCUUAGCUCUGAGUCCUGCUGUCUGAGAGAGGUUGACCUGGAGAACAACAACCUCCAAGAUUCAGGGGAGAAGCUGCAGGAUUACCUGAAGAAAGUUCUACGGAGGAAGAGCAGCAAACUUCAGCGUGGAGAAAGAGAUGGAACCAGAGCUGGACAGCUGAUGGCCAAUAACAGCAGCUGUGCAGCAGAUGUUGAUGGUCAAUGUCAACAUGACCUUAAAGUUUCUCUUAAAGAGAAGUUUGAAUGGAUUUCUGGAGGCAUUGCUAAAGCUGAAGAGAAAACCUUUCUGGAUGACGUCUACACAGAGCUCCACAUCACAGAGGGAAAGACUAGAGCGGUCAAUGAAGAACAUGAGGUCAGAAGGAUUGAAGCAUCAAUCUGUGAACAAAACAGACCAGGAAAAACAAUCAGACCAGAAGACAUCUUCAAUCCACCUGGAGGAAGGGAUCGGAUCAGAACCGUGAUGACGAUGGGCGUGGCUGGCAUUGGGAAAACAGUUUUAACACAGAAGUUCACUCUGGACUGGGCUGAAGGCAGAACCAACCAGAACAUCCAGUUCAUAUUUCCAUUCACAUUCAGAGAGCUGAAUGUUCUGAAAGAGGAAAAGUUCAGUUUGGUGGAACUUGUUCAUCACUUCUUUACUGAAAGAAUCUGCAGCUUUGAUCACUUCCAGGUUCUGUUCAUCUUUGAUGGUCUGGAUGAGAGUCAACUUUCUUUGGACUUCCAUCGCAAUAAGAUCCUGACUGAUGUUGCAGAGUCCACCUCAGUGGAUGUUCUGCUGACUAACCUUAUCAGGGGAAAACUGCUUCCCUCUGCUCUCCUCUGGAUAACCACACGUCCUGCAGCAGCCAAUCAGAUCCCUUCUGAGUGCGUUGGGAUGGUGACAGAGGUCAGAGGUUUCAAUGACCCACAGAAGGAGGAAUACUUCAGGAAGAGAUUCAGAGAUGAGGAGCUGGCCAACAGGUCCAUCUCCCACAUUAAAAGAUUAAAAAGUCUCUUCAUUAUGUGUCACAUUCCCGACUUCUGCUGGAUCAUUGCUGAUGUUCUGGAGGGUUUCUUGGAGACCAGAGAUGGAGGAGAGCUGCCAACGACCCUGACUGGGAUAUACAUCCACUUCCUGCAGCUUCAGAUCAAACAGAAAAUGAUCAAAUAUGAUGGACAUAAGACAGAGUUCCAAUGGACUCCAGAGAACAUCAAGAUGGUUCAGUCUCUGGGAAAACUGGCCUUUGAAGGGCUGCUGGAAGUAAAAGUGAUCUUCUAUCAGUCAGACCUGGAAAAGUGUGGCAUCAACAUCAAAAAGGCUUCGUGGUUCUCAGGAGUGUUCACUGAGAUCUUUAAAGAGGAGAAAAAGAUGGACAACACCUCAGUCUACUGCUUUGUUCAUCUGAGCUUCCAGGAGUUUUUGGCUGCACUCUACUUGCUCCACUGCUUCACCAACAGGAACACAGAGGUGGUGGAGAACUUCCUGGGAGAAAAAUACACAGAAACAUCUCUAGAGGACUUUAUGAAGAAAGUCAUGGAGAAAUCCCUCAGGAAUAAAAAUGGCCACCUGGACCUGUUUGCUCGCUUCCUUCAUGGCCUGUCUGUGGAUUCCAACCACAGCCUCUUAGGAGGCCUGCUGGGUCAGAUCGAGAACAGUCCAGAAACCAUCCAGAGAGUCAUCAACAAUCUGAAGAAGAUUAACAAUGGUAGAUUAUCUGUUGUUAAAACCAUCAACAUCUUCCACUGUCAUCAGGAAAUGGGGGACCUCUUAGAUUAUCGGAAGAUCCAGGACUUCCUGAAAUCAGAGAAGUAUGUCCCAGAGAUCCUGUGCUCAGCUCUGGCCAACAUACUGCAGAUGUCAUGGGAGGUCAUGGAUGAGUUAGACCUGGAGAAGUACAACACAACAGAGAAUGGACGUUGGAGACUGUUUCCAGCUUUGAGUAACUGCAAAAAGGCUCGGUGAGUCCAGAUGUCUUCAUUGUGUGAUGCU